AUGAAUACACUGGGCGGGUUUUUCGAUGCCGCAUACAAAUCAUGGUUUGUAAAUGUUACUUGUUGCGCUUCACCGCAGAAUGAGAAGAGUGGAAGAUCGCUGUCAACUCGCAACGUCGAGAGACCUAUGAGGAUAGAACAUCACCAACCUUACCUCGUUCCACCACCGAUUCCAGAGCCUCAAGAGAGACCGACCACCAGAGGAAGGGAAUGGGUUGGAAAGACUCAAGCAUAUGCAUCCCGCGCAUCUAGUCGUGGUAGCUUCUCCGUGAGAAGACGAUUAAAUGCAUAUAAUGGACCGCGCCGGCCGCGAAUAGGCGCUCCUACAGAUUUCAGACAUGUCGGACAAGCUAUACAGAGUAGAAAGGCGGCGAACUUUAGACCUUUAGAGUUGAGCAUUUAUCAGGAACAGCCACUGUCUCCGCUUUUACCACAUUUUGGUCCUACAGAGAAUGCGCCGGGCAUGCCUCAUCAUGAAUAUCCUGCGUCUCUUGUUUCACAUACAAGAAGUAACUCUGCGAUGUCGUUCUCGAUUCCACGAAAGCCGCUACGCAGUAGUUCACGAGCCUCUUCGGACUGGACUGCUCAGUUCAAGCCACGACCAGAAUCUCUCAGUGCCGAUGAGUUACUAGCGAAACUCGAGACUGAAAUGCCUAAAGCUCCUCCACCCGCCCGCUUAAGAGCGAUGACCGAGCCACCAGCAUACGAGCGGAUCAAGUCGGCACUUCAUGAGAGAUUUGAGCUUGAGCAGAAGUUGAAGGAUAUUGACGAGGUGAUUGAGGAGCGAAGAAGUGUUUACUUUAACAGUCGACCAACAAGUAGAGCGACAUCUCGUGCUCGAAGCAUUUACUCGACAGCUCAAGAACCUAUGCCGUCACCACCUCCUCUCAAGUCAUCUUUCGCAGCCCGUGUUGCUUCUCCUACAAGAAACACUACCACAAUCACAACCAUCAUCCAACGUCCUCAAACCGCCCCAACCAAACCAACACCAUCUCGCUUACAGACAUCGAUUCCUUCCUCCCCACCAGUCCCAGCACCACCACCAAAGAGUCCUCUUCGAGCUCGAGGUCACCCACUCCCACCACCUCUCCCACUCGUUCUCAUCCAGCCCAAACAAGCCAACCACCCACCUCUUCGCAAGAAGAAAUCCUUCUCCCGCGUCUCAAACUGGCUAUUCCCUUCCACAGCUGAAGCCCACUCCCGCGUCAGCUCCCUAGAUUCCGUAACCAACACACCCCGACCCGUAACCUCCCGCGACGGCUUCUACCAAUGCGUCGAUAUUCCCCAAAACUCCUCCUACCACAACAGACGCGACUCCGUAUCCUCAGUCAGCACCGUCUCCACAUUAUCAACCAUCACCACCACAUUAUCGGAGGACUUCGCUAACAAAGACACAAACGCUACCAUCACACCUGAAUCAAGCCCAGGUCGUAGCAAGAGAUCCGAGAUGAAAGUUUUCGUCACAGAACUCGCCGAAGAGAAGAGAGAUGAGGAGAAAAGCCUUGAACUUGAGCGUUUGAGGACUUUUGGGGAGGAACAGAGAUGGAGGGGUGAGAUGAAUAUUGCUAGGAAUAGCAGUGUUGGUGUUGCUUUUUAG